AUGUAAUUUUGCUGCUAGAUAAUGUUUAAACUUAGGAGUCUGUUCCUGACAUACCACAGAGAGUAGUUGUUAUAAAUAUUUUAAUUAAAAUAAUGAAGAAGGAAUGGAUUGCGUUGUGGGCAGUGAUAGCGAUAGUAGUAUUGACCGGUGGGGGGGUACUGAUAUGGUGGCUAGCGCGAUCGCCAGAAACAUCUAAAGGCUACGGGGACAUCAAACAGCAUGCAGCCUUCGUGCCAAUCCGGGACGUGGGGGAAAUGUUCUACUGGUACUACCCCACCACGGAGACCAGCUACCCGAGACCCCUCAUCGUCUGGCUGCACGGAGUCACCGACGUGCCACCCAGCCUGGCCGCAAACAUCGGCGCCUUUGGGCCUUAUGACCGACACCUGAACAGGCGGAAUGACUCUUGGGUGGAAGACUACAAUCUGCUGUUCAUCGACGCCCCGCUCGGCACCGGCUUCAGCAGGCUCGUGAACCGCGGCCCCCACCGGCCCACCAGCAGUCAGUCUAAUGCGGAACACCUGGCGCUGACACUGAAGGCUUUCUUCGAGGAUCACGAGGAGUUGUCGGAGGUGCCGGUCUACGUCAUCGGGCAGGGGCACGGCGGCCAGCUCGCCGCCGCGCUCGCUGUCAGACUGCAACAAGACGACACGGCACAUAUAGCGAAAAAUCUAAAAGGCAUCGGCCUGGGUAACCCUGUCAUCGACCCUCGUCUGACGCUGACUAAAAUGAGUUUCUAUUUAAAACAGCUAGCAUACAUAAACCAUGGCUUUACAUUCACCGAUUUCUUUCCAAUAUGGCUUGAGGAAGCUCUUGAGGCCGUCCAGCCAGGAGCAGGGUUUGAUUUUUACGCACAAAUAGGAGAAUUAGUAAAUGAGGAUGGUGCUACGGAUAUUAAUUUAAGGAAUGUUAUUGAUAAGGCGACCCGAGUAUCGCCUGAAACUUCUACAGGCUUAUCUGGUAACCAGAAACAAUUGAGAGUGUUAGCGCAACCUGAUGAGGAGCUAGUGGCUUUCAUGAACGAGGAGGUGGCGGCGGCGCUUGGAGUCUCCGGCAAUUACGACGAGGGCCGGCAAGAGGUCGUUGACAACUUCAAGAACUCAUAUUUGAACUCUGCCGUGCCUUUAGUUGAAGAAAUUCUACAAAACACGAAACUCACUGUGACAAUAUACAAUGGAAAUUUAGAUGCCAUAUCGUCCACUCCAGGCCAACUAGAAUGGGUGAAUUCUCUGAAAUGGGACGGGCAGGAAGAGUUUCUCAACAGCCGAAGAAAUCAAGUGUACGUGAACGAUAUUCUGGAGGGGUCCGUCAGAGAGACUGAUCGGCUGAAGUUCUACUGGGUCAAUGCUGCUGGACAAUCGGUUCCAGUUGACAGUCCUGUUGCUAUGAGAAGAAUCCUACAAAGUAUUGCUGGUUAUUAAGUUUAUGUGAAUAAAUUACCUAUUUACCUAUA